AUGACGUUUUCCAUAUCACAUUUAUCUGGUCCAGAGCGAUUACUAUUGUACCUGAAACUUCCCGGUGGUCAGCCAUCAACACAGGAUCCUUUAAGACAUCCUCCGAAUCCCCUUGGGACAAGGCAUGAAAUAAGCACUACUGCCGCAUGGGUUCGAACACAUUUAGAACAUGAUCCUGAGGUCUCUGUGCCAAAACAAGAUGUUUAUGAUGAAUAUCUAGCCUACUGUACAACAGCUAAUUUAAAACCACUUUCUACGGCUGAUUUUGGCAAAGUCAUGAAACAAGUAUUUCCAAAUCUGAGACCUAGAAGACUUGGAACACGUGGCCAUUCUAGAUAUUGUUAUGCAGCCAUGAGAAAAGCUCGAAGUUUAGCUCCUCCAAUGCUUCCUGACUUAAGUGCUGAGCCUGAUGACUCAACUUCAAAUCAAAAUGAUGUGUGGUCGAUUAUUCAACCAUGGGCUGAAAAGACUUUGCAUCAGAGUUUUUCAAAUAUAGAGGGCUUUGCAGAUUUUAUCAAUAAAUUGGUUGCACAGCGCAAAGAUGCACCAUCUGAUUCCACUCAAUCUAAACUAAAUAAUCGGGACCACACAGAGAAGGAAAAAAAACGCAUGCUACCUCCAUUGAAGAAGUCACCUAGAGCUAGAAAACAAAAUGCAGAAUUCUAA